AUGGCCGAAGACUCUGUUCUCGCCCCCAAGUUCGCGCCGUUCAUCGGAAUGGCCGGCAUUGCGGCUGCCAUGAUCUUCGGAUGCAUCGGCGCCGCAUACGGUACCGCCAAGUCAGGAAUCGGUAUCGCUGGUGUCGGAACUUUCAGACCCGACCUCAUUAUGAAGGCAUGCCACUCGAAUAUUGAACACCGGUCGACAAGCGCUUGCUAA